AUGGAGAGAGUGAGAAUGCUGCUUCAGAAACUGUGCCACACCAGCUGCUCUUCAGGCUGCCCAAUGGCCUGCCCUGGCUCCCCAUGCUGUGUCCCUAGCACCUGCUACCCACCCGAGGGCUAUGGAACCUCCUGCUGCUGCUCAGCCCCGUGGGCUCUGCUGCGCCGGCCCCUGUGUGGGGUAUCCAUCUGCUGCCAGCCAGCCUGCUGUGUGCCCAGCCCCUGCCUGGUGGCCUGCUGUGUGCCCGUGAGCUGCAAGCCUGUUUUGUGUGUGGCCUCCUUCUGUCCAACCUCUGGGUGCUGCCAGCCCUCCUGCCCCACCCUGGUCUAUAGACCUGUCACCUGGAGCACCCCCACCUGCUGCUGA